AUGCGCCGUGGAUCGAAAAUCUUAUUGGGAUGCCUAACUACAGUAACCCUCAUCAAUUUAUACAGGUUUUUGGGAUCGGAAGACUACAAAGAUUGGGUGGAAGCUGAGCAAGAUGAGAUUGAUAUGAAAUCAGUAUUUAAGAGAUUCGACACAAAUGAAAUUUUUGAAAAGUGGCAUAAUUGCAUUUCAGAGCAAUUAUUGUGGAUACAGGACGCUGAGAAGUUCUGGAAUGAUUUCAUGUUUGCAUCGAAACGAUGCGAUUUGAGAGCAAAUGUUGCUCAGAUUGGACUGAUAACACUGAAAAAUUCCGAUGAAAUGAAACAUGUCAUUUUUCCGAAAAUCUACAACUUCGGACCACACAAUUUGUUUUCCAUCGGGAUCGGAAGGGAUAUUCAAGCUGAAAGACAAUUUAGAAGAAAAAUGCGAAAAUUGGGAAACAAUGUAACAUUCUAUGGUGCUGAUCCGGUAUCAAUGAUAAAUGAUAAUUUAUAUUCCCAAAUUGGAACUUAUUUUCCAUUGGCAAUUGGCUCGAAUUCUGGAAUUUCCAAGGCAAUGGUUAUGGUAGAAGAUGGUGGAUAUGCUCCAAAGAGCAUAGUUCAUGUGGAUAUUGUAUACUUUCUCAAAAAUUUGCUCAAUGUUACGAAAAUCGAUAAUUUGUGGUUCGACGCCGAAGGAGCCGAAUUUGGCGAUGGAUUUUUUGAGAUUUUCUACAAAAAUGGACGAUUCGAUCAGAAUUCAAUCGAUAUAUGUCAAAUUAAUAUUGAGAUGCACAAAAACGACGAUUAUCCGGAGAGAAAACGGAAAUUUAUGGAAUUUGUCAAGAAGUUAAUCGAGGAGAGAAGAUUUGGAAUUUUCGGUGGCGAUCAAUAUAUUCAUAAUCGAAUGUAUUUGUUCAAUUUCGAAAGUUCUUACUGUCAAAAAAAGUUUUUGAAUAAAUUCUCUUAG